CGCCAUGGCAUCAACAAUCUAUCUCGUCCGCCACGCUGAAUCCGAACACAACGUCUCUAAAGAUUUUUCUCAACUGGACCCGCCCUUGACCACUCUCGGUUACGCCCAAGCUUCUGAGCUGGUCAGCUUGUUCCCCCAUCCAGAGCGCAUCGCAGCAAUUCUCAGUUCUCCACUUCGACGCGCCAUCCAAACCUCCCUCGCGGGUUUUCCUCAUGUGCUUGACAAACGAUACUUCGACCCAUCCUCGGACUUUGGUGUGGAGAAUGGCGUUGAGCUCACUUUAGAGCCCGACCUGCAGGAACGAAGCGCGCUGCCUUGCGACACCGGCUCAGAGCGCCAUGUAUUGGAGAAAGAAUUCUUGAACUUGGGUUUGGGGGGAUUGCGUGAGGACUGGCAGGCUAAAGCAGGGCAAUACGCAGCAGAUGACGAUUCAGUUACGCUGAGAGCGGCAAGGAUGAGGGAGAAGCUUAAGCAACUGGAUGUGGCUUUGCGUGGCGACGACGAGAGGAAAGAUAUUGUUGUCGUCACCCAUGGUGUGUUCAUGAAAUUUUUGUCUGGUGAAGAGGAUAUCGAUUUGCCCAAAGCUAGAUGGAAAUCUUACACGAUCAGUAACGACACAGAAGAUAGGGCAAUACUUACGCCGGUUAAGGAAUGCGAGAAUCAUAGCCUCUGAGGCACAUGUACUCUCUAAAACUCUAAACAGCAAGGUAGGCUUCCUAGCUUGAUAUGAAUAAUCCUAUUGAGCUCCCAACGUUUUUUGGUUCUGCUAAGUUGUAGACUCCUUGAAAGUAG